AACAAGGAAGAGUAUUCAUUUCCCCAGAUUCCUCCUCUCUUCUAGCUUUUGACCAAACCUCCAUUGAUCUCCCAUGUAAAACUUCUCACAUAUGUUUUGCACUUUUAUGAUCCUUCACGUUUUUGCUUCCAUGCAUGCUCAUGCAAAUCUCAGACCCAAGAUUCUGAGUUUUGCCCACAUUUGCUCCUUUUUUUUUUCUUUUCUUUGUUGUGAUAUAGUAUUUGAGAUGAGUUUCAAUGUUUUAUCAUCACCAGCUUGAAGAUGGAUUCAAAUGUUAUAUUUGAUCAAAAGGUCAUAAACGGGUUCGCCCCUGUGUUAACGUACGCAGCUUGUGAAUGGUUUCUCAUAUUUCUCAUGUUCAUCGAUGCUCUUCUCUCCUAUCUUCUCGUCUGGUUUGCGCGCUACUGCAGAUUGCAGAUGCCAUGUUUCCUCUGUUCCAAGCUUCUUCAUCCUCUACAUUGGAGAUUCUUGCUCUGCAGAAACCACAGAUCAGAGGUUUCAUCUUACAUGUCAUGUCAGAAUCACGGCAACAACCUUGCUGAUUGUCGAGGCAUGUGCGAUGAUUGUCUCUUGUCCUUCACCAAAAUGACUGGUCCGAAUCCAGACAUGCACAGAUUGCUUCUUGGUAAACUAGGGUAUGAUCUGCUCUCUAAAAGCCAUUUUGCUCACCCUAGAUCAUGUUCUUGUUGCAAUAAACCAUGGAGGACGAGGCACCAUACACAGAGGCUAAUACGGUUAGGCUCUAGGGGAAGAAACUCCUCUGGUAAGCCUAACAUUCCUACUCCAAGGAAUCUUAGUCGCCGAGGAAGCAGUGGAAGCUUGAAGAAGAUGAAAGAUCAUAAGGCAACAAGUGUUGCUGACUAUGUUGAGGUUGGAAGCCGCAGCGAUGGCAUGGCUCAUGUUGGUUACUCAGAGCUGAAGAUUCACUCGGAUUCUGAGUCCGAGUUCCUGUUUUCAGAUGAUGAUGCAUUCCUCCAAGUAACUGCAGAUUUCAUUGUUGAGCCAUCUGAGAAACGUGCUCACAAGUCUCGAUCUCGGAAAUCGUUUGAAGACAAGAAGAUGCCAUAUCAUAAACAGCCUGAUUUGCAAGACAGCCAUGAUAAGAGCAUUCAUGUAGAAGAUAAUGAAACAGUGGAAUCUUCAAUGCUUGAGCAUAAUCUCGUAAACAAGAAUCGGCAGCAACGACCUGUUAAAGCAAAGGAGCAUGAUGAUGUACUCUUUGAGCUUAUAUCUAUGAGUGAAGCUCGUCCGUUUUUACUGGGUUCACCUCGAAAGUUUGCUGCAGGAGCAGCACCACGAUAUGAAAAUGAAGCUGAGGUAAGGGGUGACCCAUCUCCUACUGGCGGGGAAUUCUCGAGUCCUUUUGGAGAAAACGGUGCCUCUCGGGAAAUCCAAAAUCAAGAGCACGAUGAUACGGGAGAUUCUGCUCAAAACAUCCCCAGUUCAGACGUUGAGAUAGACGUAUUUGAGGCAGCUACGGAGCAAAAUGUAUAUGAUCACAUGGAUGUGUCUGGUUUUGUUGCAAAUGAACCUUCUAGUGAUGAGGAGAAUGGAGUUGAAGGAGAGUCCAAGGCUUUGGGGUCGAAUGACAUGUCAGAUUCUUUAGAACAGGAACAGUCAAGUGAGGAAGAAAAUGAGGCUAAGGGAAACAAUGUUGCAGAAGAAUACUUCAGUAAUGAAGAAGACGAUGAGGUCAGUGGGCAUUCCGAGCCAUUGACAUCAAAAAAUGUGCCUGGUUCAUCUGUUGAAGAUCAAUCCAGUGAGGAAGAAGGUGGAAGUAAUGGCUAUUCCAAUGCAAAAGACCAUUCCAGUAUUGAAGAGGAUGUGGAAAAUGAAGAAGCUGAGCUAAUGACAUCGAACAAUGUGACUGAUCCUGUCACAGAACAUUCGACUGAAGAAGAGCAUGCAGAUCAUAAAGAGACUGAGCCGCCUUUGACGUCACCAACAAUUUCCAAUGAAGAAUCUUCAAUUAAACACAGUGAUGGAGAUUCUUCCAAGGUAACAGAGACUCGUAAUACUUCAAAUGAAUCACCGGAACUAAAGAACUCUGCUUCUGUGGAAUCUUUUGUAAGCAUUAGCAGUGACAUUGAAGGUGAAAAUCGUGUUGAUUUGUUAAAGCAACAACUAGAGCAUGAAAGAAAAUGCCUAAGAGAAGUGACUAAAGAAUUAGAGGAGGAGAGAAAUGCCUCAGCUAUUGCUACAAACCAAGCAAUGGCGAUGAUCACCCGGUUGCAAGAGGAGAAAGCAGCUCUUCAUAUGGAAGCUUUACAGUACCUGAGAAUGAUGGAUGAGCAAGCAGAACAUGACGUUGAUGCACUUGAGAGAGCAAACGAUGUCUUGGCUGAUAGAGAAAAGGAGAUACAAGAUCUUGAGAUGGAGUUAGAAUAUUAUAGAGCAAAGUAUCCAGAUGAGCCAAAAGAAGAAAUUCUCGCUAGCAUGGGAAUUCUCGGUAGUUUAGAAGAAACAAGUGGCGCCUCAACUGAUGAGACCAGUAAUAAAGCUUCAACAGACACCAAACUUACAGGUUCUCCAACGGCAGGAAAUUAAGAAAGAAUUCACAUUUUCAGAAGCUACAUCAACUUGCUGAACAAAGAAUACCCAAGAAUGCUGAAAAUGGACCCCUCAGGCUUGAGAGAGGACUUUAGUAGUGAUGGUCACAGGAGACCCAACAAAAUAAUCUGCAGAGGCCUAAAGAUAAUAUACCAGCAUUCACUGCAGAAACAUAUGGUGA